CUCUUUGACAUUCCGCACUCAACCCUCCCCUCCGCUCCGCUCCGCCCUCCAUUGUGUCGACAAAGAGACGGCGCUCGCGGUCGACACUUCCGCUGCUACCCUCCACCACACGCAAUACCGCACCACCAAGCAGUCGGCAUUGCGACGGAGCAUACACCCCAGCAUACCAUGAGCGCGUCGCCCGCUCGCCCACCCUCGGGCCCAAACUCGGUGACACCCACGACCGGCGGACCACCUGCACCAGCGCGCAAGAAGCCCGCCGUCGACAUCUUCCACAAGAAGAAGAAGCCUGCUGUCCGUCGCCCGCUUCAGCCCGGCCAGCGAGUCGUGCCUCCCUCCACUCAGAACAAUGGCCCGCCCCUGCACUCCUUCCAGCAGCCUAUCAAUGGCACCGUUCGAAAUGUCAACCCUACCGUCCCUGCCGCCGCCCCCUCUAAGGAGCCAGAGGAAGGCACCUACUCCGAAUUUCCAAUCGUCAUCAGCAAGAGACAGCUAGAGGCCGGUCUGCGCUUCCAUGCGAUGAAGCUACAGAGUCGCAUCGAUGAUGGCGAGCCGGUCACGGUUAAUCCCUAUGACGAGCACCAAUUCACGCGACCCUUGCGGCUUCAUCGUCGCUUUCCCGGCGACAAACCGGAGGCCGCUGAUCAGUCGGAUGCUGCUUCCGGCGUGGAUGACAAGGAGCGUGAGCUGAACAAUGCGCGGAGAGCAGAGCGCCAAGCGGAGCGCGAAGAGAAUCAGAAGCUCAUCGCACCGACGGGAGGCGAUCCGAGCAAGCAGAUCAAGAAGAAACAGCAGAAGAAGGUGGAGGAAGGCAGGGAUGAGAGCGAUCCGAAGCGUCAAAAGCGGUCAAAGCUGCGCUAUGAAGAAGCGCGGCCAUGGCAUCUUGAAGACUUCGAAAGCAAGAAUGUCUGGGUCGGUAGCUAUGAACAAGCACUCUCCGAGCGCAGCAUCAUGCUCGAGGUUAAGGAUGACGGCACUUUCGGCAUGGUGCCCAUCGAGAAAUGGUACAGAUUCCAGCAAGCGAACCGAGUGAACACCAUCCCCAGCGAUGAUGUUGACAAAAUGAUGGCAAAGAGAAUCCAGCCUUCGCGUUGGGCCAUGAAGACGCAUGCCGUCACGGACGAGGCUGCCAGGGAAGCUCACAUGAAGAAGAUGGCCAUGCGCCGUGCGAAGAGAGAAGACGAGGACGUAGCGCGAAGAAGCAAGGACGAUGGUGAAUUCGACGCUGAUCGCGACAUGCUUGACGUGGAGAUGGGUGACCUGAACGAAUUCCAGGACGAUGACGAAGGUGUCCUGUUCCAAAUCGAGGAUGAUGAUGAUGCGAAGGAGCUUGAGAUGCGUCUUUUCCUGGAGAUGCGUGAUGCUGGUCUUGGCGGUACUGGUGUCAAGGACGAGGCACUGGAUGUCGAAGGCCAACUAAGGAAGGAGCAAUUAGAGAAACUGGAAGAGCGGAAGAAGCAGAAGCGCAUGCGCCGGCAACUACGAAAGCGCGAACAUCAGGGCCAGUAUAGCGAUUCGGACGAUAGUGACGACCCUUACGCCGACUCCAGCGAUAGUAUGGAUUCCGAGGAUGAGCGCGAAGAAGAGCGCAAGAAGGAAGAGGCAAAGAAGGCUGCGCAAGUCAAUGGCGACAAAUCUGGCGCCUCUACCAAGGGCACCAACACACCUACCGGCCGACCAGAAAAGCGUGAUCCUUCCCGGCUCGGUGCCUCACUCAAGCGACCAGGCUCUCCUGACGUCUCGGAUCUUAGUGGGAACGAGUCGAGCAGGAAGAAGGUCAAGAGCCUCAACGGCAAGCCCAUGGCUGCCAGCUCUGGAGCUGCGCGCUCCCUAUCUCCCGAUGCGUCGAAGAAAGGCGCUGGCUCCGGCAGUGACACCGACACUUCCCGCAAGGGUCGCUCAGGUGCUCCCAAGAUCAAACUCAAGAAUUCUCCGGCCGCCACUCCGAGUGCUUCUCGUGCCGCAUCGCCCGCUCGCUCCCCAUUAAGCAGCACAGGCUUCCCUACAAUCGACGAAGUCAAAGCUGCGAUCCCCAUCGAAGGCAUUGACAUCAAAAGUCUCGUGCAAUUAUUCAAGUUACGCGUUGCCGGCAAGACGGCGGACUUCAUCAAAAUGGUCAAAUUGGCUGGAAAGCAGAGUACCGAUCCGGCUUCGAAGGGUAAAAUUGUACCAAAGUGA